AUGGCCCUGCACACGGACUGGGAGUACUGCGGCUGGAUGGAGAGCGUCACCGUCUGCGACGUGGUGACGGUGGCCCCCAGCGGCCUGAUGAGGGUGAUUAGCGGCAGGAAAGAGCUGCUUAGGAUUUACCGGCACUACGCGGAGGCGAUCAUCGUCGCCACAGAGCGCGAGCAUGGGAUGCUCAGCGACUUGCACAUGGCCGUAGACCACGAGAGCAUCAUCACCUCGAUGCCGCUGAAGUCCCGCGUCGCUCUGUCGCAGGCCGCUCUGCGGGCACUGGACAAGAAGCAGCAGCCGUGGGGCAUUCUGGGCAUGCAGCCCAGGCGCGACCUCAAAGAGUUGGAUCAGGAGGUGAGCAAUGGGAAGUGUGACAUCAUGCUGAACGAGGAGGGGCGUGUGCUGCGCUCGGUCUCACUGUGCGUCGUGCGUCUCAUGCGUGAAGAUGGUCGCAUCCUUGCGGAGAUUGGUGAGAUGCAUGAUGGCAAGCUGUCGAUGGGCUGCAAGCUUCCCGGCACGAAGGUGCGCAGCCAAGAGUUACCGCACGAUGCCAUCAGGCGUUUGAUCAAGCGGCAGUUUGGUCACCUGGAGGCUCAAGAGUUGAACCGCCUGGAGGAGACCCUGAUCGGCCAGGCAACACGGGUGGUGAACUUCGAGGAGAAAGUGUCAGCGAACUACGGCAUCAACUCGCGGUACACGCGCAACGAGUUCCAGAUGCAGAUCGGGCCCGAAUUCUUUGCGGAGGAUGGGUCCAAGGCCCUUCCGAGAAGCUCCAGCAAGAGCUCUGGCGGCCGCCUCGGGCUGGGCAGGAAGCUCGGGCAGUCUGGCGACUCGCUGAACAUAGAUCAGUACGAGGCCUUCGCGAAGAUUGCUCCCGAGGAGCCGGACAGGGUCUCGAUCAUGGCAUGGCUGGACCCCGAGGCCAUGCCGUUUCUCGCUUCUGGCUCCGGGGAGGCCAAGUUGCGCGACUGGGUGUACAGCUUCCGACACGAGCUCAACGACCUCGUCGAGGGCACCGCCAACAGCGCGGGCGCCGUCGCGAGGCAGGAGUCGCUGUCGUUGUUCGGUAGGCGCAUGUCGCGGAAGCCCUCGUGCAAGGGGUCGCCGAAGACCGACGGCGUGAUGGUGUGA